AUGGUCACGCCCGCCUGCAAGCCGGACAACGUCCAGCGCGUCGCCGGCUGCCUCAAGGGCAUAAUCUGCUCCCACUGCCGCGCGGUGCUGCGCCAGGCGUACGUGAUGCCGCCCAAUGACGACGAGCUGGAGGAGCGUUACCAGUGGCGACAAGAGCGCACGCGCGUGCAGCGGCGCGCCGCGCAGGCCGCCCCAGCCGCGGGCGCCGGCGCGAGUGGCGGCGCGGGCGCAGGCGCUGCCGCGAGCGAUGGUGUGGGCGCAGGCGUGGCGGGGGUCGCGCCGGCGCGGCAGGCGCUGCGGGCGCUCCCAUCUGCGAGCAGUGGUGGCGCGAGGCCGCCGAUCCCGCCGCCACCGCCGCCGCCGCCGCAGCAGCAGCAGCAGCAGCAGCAGCAGCAGCAGCGGCAGCAGCAGCAGCGGCAGCAGCAGCAGCAGCAGCAGCAGCAGCAGCAGCAGCAGCAGCAGCAGCAGCAGCAGCCGCAGCAGCCGCAGCAGCAGCUGCAGCAGGCGCUCUCGCUAUCGCUGCCACUGCCACGCCAGCCGCAGCACCAGGCGCAGCCCCACGCCGGCGCCCCCACGUCGCUGCUUGCGCAGAACGCGCCGCGGCCCGCCCGCCCCGCAGCGUAG